GUGUACCCCUUCACAAAACCCAAACACACAUUUCCAUUUCCUCCAGACACAUUCUCGCUCUCUCUCUCACAUCAGAACCCAGAAAUGAGAGGAGUUUCUUUCCUCUCCACUGUUCCUUCCUUCACCAACACAAACAAUCUUCAACAUCUCACACUCUCUUCUUCUCAUCGCUCUGGUCUCAUCAUUCGAUGUUGCAAGAUCGAUCCCCAAGUUUCCGGCGAAUGUUUAGCUUUCCACCGCCGGGAUGUUUUAAAACUCGCCGGCACCGCCAUUGGAAUGGAGUUAAUAGGUAAGGGCUUCAUUAACCAUGUGGGUGAUGCAAAAGCUGCUGAUUUGAAUCAGCGUAGACAAAGAUCCGACUUUCAAUCAAAGAUCAAGCUUAUGCUUUCGAAAGCGGUUAAGGCUAAACCGGAGCUUGUACCUUCCAUACUUACUCUAGCUCUUAAUGAUGCCAUGACUUAUGACAAGGCUACAAAAUCCGGGGGAGCCAAUGGAUCCAUACGGUUCAGCUCUGAGAUAAGCAGAGCAGAGAACGCAGGGCUUUCUGAUGGGUUGGCUCUCAUAGAAGAAGCAAAGAAGGAGAUUGACUCUUUCUCUAAGGGUGGACCUAUUUCAUAUGCAGAUCUCAUUCAAUUAGCAGGACAAGCAGCGGUCAAGUCUACUUUUUUAGCAUCGGCAAUACGCAAAUGCGGUGGAAAUGAAGAGAAAGGGAACUUACUCUACACUGCAUAUGGUUCAAGUGGUCAGUGGGCUUUGUUUGAUAGGCAAUUCGGAAGGAGUGAUGCAACAGAGGCAGAUCCAGAAGGGAGAAUUCCACUUUGGAGAAAAGCAACUGUGCAAGAGAUGAAAGAUAAGUUCAUUGCCAUCGGAUUAGGUCCUCGUCAGCUAGCUGUAAUGUCUGCAUUCUUGGGUCCUGAUCAAGCCGCAACAGAACAGCUCUUAGCUAGCGACCCACAAGUCGCUCCAUGGGUUCAGAAGUAUCAACGAAGCCGUGAAACUGUAUCUCAGACAGAUUACGAGGUUGAUUUGAUAACUGCUUUGACAAAGCUGAGUGGUCUAGGACAGCAAAUCAACUAUGAGGCAUACACAUAUCCUGUCGAGCGGAUCAAUCUAAGCAAACUCAAGCUAUAAGAACAUUGUACACUAUGUACACUAUGUAAAACUUGAGCAAACUAGAACUCAUUCUGCAAUUAUUUGCUGAGAUAAAUUAUAAAUCCAAGAUCUUUCGUGACA